AUGCGAUACUCCAUUGUUGCCCCGGCUCUGCUGGCGGGCACUGCUUACGCCUGGCUUCCUCAAGAUCGAGAUCUAGCGGCCUUCAACCAAACGGCUCGCUUUGAGAAGCUUGGCAAACGAUUUGAACCUUCGUUAGCUUCUGGUGUGACGAAGAUCAGAGGUGUCAACUUCGGUGGCUGGCUUAUCUGUGAGCCAUGGAUGAUGCCGACCGAGUGGAACGAUGUGAUGGGCUGUAACAACGCUGCAUCUGAGUUUGAUUGCAUGCUUAAUAACUAUAUGGGCAACAAUCGUGCGGCAGGCAAUCAAAAGUUUAAGACUCACUGGAGCAGCUGGAUCACUCCAGCUACCGUUCAAUCGGUUCACGAUGUCGGCCUGAACACUAUACGUAUUCCCAUUGGCUACUGGUCCUACACAGCUAUCGUCGACACAUCCAGCGAACCAUUUGCUGAUGGUGAUGCCAUGCUCCCAUAUCUGGAUGCAGUAGUUCAGAAGGCCGCUGAUUUGGGAAUCUACGUCAUCAUUGAUCUCCAUGGCGCACCUGGUGGUCAGCAACAAGACCCAUUCACAGGUCAAAAUCCUAACCCUGCUGGCUUCUUCAACUCAUACGACUUUGGCCGCGCCGAGAAGUGGCUAUCAUGGAUGACGAACCGUAUCCAUACUAAUCCGGCGUACUCCACUGUUGGCAUGAUCGAAGUUCUGAACGAGCCUGUUUCUAACCACGAUGCAAACGGCCGCUACCCUGCUCCUGGUGAAAAUCCAGGUUUGGUGCAGACUUACUAUCCUGCCGCAUUGAAGGCUGUCCGUGAUGCUGAGGCUGCCCUAAAUGUUGCUAGCAACAAAAAGUUACAUGUGCAAUUCAUGUCCAGCAAAUGGGGCUCUGGUGACCCUCGCUCCAACUCUGCAGUGGCCAAUGAUCCCAUGACUGGAUUUGACGACCACAACUACAUUGGAUUCGCUCUGGGUAACAAUAAUGGCGACCAAUAUUCGCUCAUGCAUAGCGCGUGCACCGAUUCUCGCGUUGUGAAUGGCCAGAACUUUGAGAUCACUGGUGAAUGGAGCAUGACAUCAGGCGUUGAUUGGAGCGACGCUGCCUUCUUCACAAAGUUCUGGACUGCUCAGCAGCAGCUAUAUGAAUCCCCAGGAAUGGACGGAUGGAUCUACUGGACUUGGAAGACUGAGCUGAACGAUCCUAGAUGGACCUACUCAUAUGCUACCUACCUCAACUAUAUCCCUACCAAUGCUGCUGCCUUGGAGCAAAAUGUUUACCAGGAUGUCUGCGCUGGAUUUAGUCUCGAGAACAAUUGUGGUAAAGCCAUUCGAAUACAAAGUAAUAUCGAGUUCGACCAUUAG